AUGUCAGAAUACGAUUUUUCAGAUAUCAUACCCGUUGAUCUAAAUAGUAAAGAACCACAAUUAUGUCAAAUAUUGUAUGAUGAAAAUUACAAAUCCACCAUGGGUUUGCUAUUAUCACUUAUGCAAAAGAAGGAAUAUUCACCAAGAGCACUUUACUUGACAGAAUUGGGGAUUGAACAGUUGGCAUCGCACUACACAACAUGGAUAUAUCGAUUCAAUAUUUUACAAAAUUUACCCAACCCAAACUAUUAUGAUGAAUUGGACUGGUGUGAACAAAUUGGUUUAGAUAAUGAAAAAAACUACCAGAUAUGGAACUAUCGACAAUUGAUUAUAAACGAAAUCUUGAAACAAGAAAUCAUUGGAGAUGUUGCUGAAGGUAAAGGCAAGUUUCAACCCCAUCGUGAAUUCCCAAUUUUGGAAGCCAUGUUAGAUUCUGAUCCCAAGAACCAUCACGUGUGGUCUUAUAGGAAGUGGUUGGUUGAGAGAUUUGAUCUAUUUAAUGAUGCAAAAGAACUAUUGUUUGUUGACCAGAUGAUUGACGCAGAUUUAUUAAAUAACAGUGCUUGGAGUCAUCGAUUUUUCUUAAAAUUUGCAGGCAAAGAUGCAACUAGUGAAUUGAUUAAUGGAGAAGUUGGGUAUGUCAAGGAUAAAAUAAGGCAGUGUCCUCAAAAUGCCAGUUCUUGGAAUUACUUAUUGGGAAUCUAUGACAAAUAUGAUAUGGAGAUAUCUGAAUUGGAAGACUUUGCAACUGAGUUUGUUAAACUUGACACAGGCAAAGUGAAAAGCUCGUUUGCAGUGGAAUUAUUGUCACAGAUCAACAAACAAAAUGGUAAUGACGAGAAAGCAAGUACAUAUGACAAGUUGUUGAAAGACUUGUUUAGUAAGUAG